UGUGUCGCACCGCCUGGCACCGUGUGUGACAAAACACAUCCAGACGCUCACUCAGUGGUCAACCCUGCCUGCUGUUAUCAACCGGAGUAGUUUGUACCCGGUGGAAGUCAGUCGGGUCGCGUUAGACGUGUCCCUCACUUGAGCUUCUUCACAUUUUUUUAAUUCAUUCAUUUUUUUUUUUUUUUGAAGGAGCAGACUGCGGCAAAACGUAGCACCACCGACGAAGAAAAAGAAAACAUUUCUUUUUUUUUUUUUUUUUUUUCCUACUCGUCUGCUUUCGGGAAGAGGUCGGCUAGCAGGAUCCCGACAUACGUCCCCAACUGCGGAUAAACGUUCAACCUGGCAAUCAAGACAUGUUGCCCUAGUGGCUGUGUGACGGACGAAGCUUUUCCUUAAGCAAGAUGUCAACCACAACAGAAAAUGGGAUUGGCGGUGCUUGGAGUUCCAACAGAGAAAAAACAUACAAGAAGACGACGUCAUCGGCCUUGAAGGGAGCCAUUCAGCUGGGCAUUGGCUAUACAGUUGGAAACCUCACCUCUAAGCCCGACAGAGAUGUGCUUAUGCAAGACUUCUACGUGGUGGAGAGUGUCUUUCUGCCCAGUGAAGGAAGCAACUUGACCCCAGCACAUCACUAUCCUGACUUCCGCUUCAAGACCUACGCGCCGCUGGCCUUCCGCUACUUUCGCGACCUGUUCGGCAUCAAACCCGACGACUACUUGUACUCGUUAGUCAACGAGCCUCUGAUUGAGCUGACCAAUCCUGGAGCCAGCGGAUCUCUCUUCUACUUGACCAGUGACGAUGAGUUCAUCAUCAAAACAGUCCAGCACAAAGAGGCUAAAUUCCUCCAGCGAUUACUUCCUGGCUACUAUAUGAACCUGAACCAGAAUCCGCGCACCUUACUCCCCAAAUUUUACGGACUUUACUGCAUCCAGUCGGGAGGCAUCAACAUCCGCCUGGUGGUCAUGAACAAUGUGCUGCCGCGCUCGGUUAAAAUGCACUACAAAUACGACCUGAAAGGAUCGACGUACAAAAGGCGAGCGUCCAGGAAGGAGAGAGAAAAGGCGUGUCCGACCUUCAAAGAUCUGGACUUCCAGGAGAUGCACGAAGAAGGCCUUCACUUUGACCCGGAGACCUACGCCAAUCUGAUGAAGACUCUGCAGAGAGACUGCCGGGUAUUGGAGAGUUUUAAGAUCAUGGACUACAGCCUGCUGCUGGGAGUCCACGUCCUGGACCAGAGCCAGAGAGAAGGGCUCGAGCAGGGCCAGGCAGGGGGGGACCGAUUCAGGCCUGUGGGCCAGCGGGUCCUCUACUCCACCGCCCUGGAGUCCAUCCAGGGGGACGGCAAGGCGGCCGAAGCCCUCACCACAGACGACACCAUGGGCGGCAUCCCUGCCAAAACGCACAAAGACGAGAAGCUGCUCAUCUUCCUCGGCAUCAUCGACAUUCUGCAGUCAUAUAGAUUCAUAAAGAAGUUGGAACAUUCCUGGAAAGCUCUGGUGUACGAUGGCGAUUCCGUGUCGGUGCACCGGCCGGGAUUCUACGCCAGCCGCUUUCUCAAGUUUAUGAGCACUCGCGUCUUCAGGAAGACUCACCAGAUUCGAUUCUCCCCUUCAAAGAGGACCCGCACAUCAAUCCACGCUCUGAAGUCGUCCUCUCAGGAGAUUCUUUCAUCGCAUAUGGACGAAAGGGACGAGGACAAGAGCAGGGGGAACCGGCGGUGGGGGGCUCGCAGUCUGGCCAGUCUGGACGGACAAGAGAGGACGCGGGGUCCAGUUCCACGUUCACCCUGGAGGACAGCGCCAUCUGCCUCACGUCCGAGCACAGCGCCAUGGACGCGGACAUGGACCGAGACGACGGCUCGGUCCUCGACGUCUACUUGUGAAGUGAGGAUCUCCUCCUCGUGCUUCAACCCCCCCCCCCCAACCCCCAAACCCCCUCUUUUGUCAUGCCGGCGCCGCCGUCACGGCGACACGUUUCUGGCCACCGCCAAGAGGUCGACAGCGAGGACGCGUCGCCCGAAUGGACGUCCGUGACGUCGACGCUUGACGCCAUUCCUUUUGACGUAGCUCAACACGGCCUCCGCGGCCACCCUGCUCGACGACUAUAUUUAUCUACGAUAUAUUUUAUUAGGAUGAAAGGAAAGACUUUUUUUUUCUUCCCGUUAGUUGCUGAUCCGUUUAGAAAUGUUUACAGCGGAGUCGCGGUGAAGGGCGACGGCCGCUCGAUCGCCCGGAAACCAAGUGAGGAAAGACUUCUGCUCUCCGGUGAAGUAACAACUUCACGUUUGGACUCGCGUAGUGAAACGUGAUCCGUAGCCGCAAAAAGCACAAAAGCGGAAAAUCACGAGACUUUUCGCUCCGGACCCGUGAUCGUCCGCGGCCAGGUCGUCGUCGAUCAAUUUUGUUUUGUAUCAUGGCGGAAGCUCAUUUCAUACUGAAUAACGCAGAUCUCGGAUCACGAUGCUGUCUCUUCAUCAUUUCAAAAUAUCAAUGUUGAAUACCGGGAUCUCGAGUCGAUGCCAUCAUUUAUGUAAAUCAACCUUUUACCGUUUGCUGAGAAUAAAUCACAUGGACAAUGCAUAUUUAUAAACAACUGUAUGAAUAAAGUGACAUCAACAGUG